AUACGUAUUGUCAAUGCGUCAUUGAGCUGCACUGCGCAUGCGCCGAAACAUUUCGCGGGAAAUAAGGAACUUAAUGUUGACGUUUUGAAAAAGAUCACUGUUUACUCGUAGAGAUGUCUGACAACUUGUCCGUUGCUUCUGAGAACACGUUUAACCUCACGGACACGGAGUUGUUAGAGGAAAUUGAGGUGCAGGUAGAUGAUGCUGCGGUGUCGUUGACUCACAUGCUACACGCGACCUCCGUGAUGGCCAUCCAAGUGAAGGAGCUGGCGGAGAGAAGUUCAGCGAACGUGCAGUUUCUCAAGGCGUGGAGAGAUUUGCUGAAGGGAGGACAUCAUGCCGAUAUGCCGGCCGCCCCGGACAGCUGAUAGAUGCGGCAGCGCGUUAUUCGAUCAUACAUAUGCAGGCCGUUCGCUCACAUGUAUGCAGUUAACUAAGUACGCUUUGAAAUAUUCCCGUAAUCGUUCCGAAAUAACGUGUUUACUUGUGCUUUUCAGGAGACACAGCUAUAUGGUAUAGUGGAGUUUUUACAUAUCCAGAAAAAAAACUGUUUUCCCCCCAUAGAGAGUGUUAAACAUCGUAUAUGAGGGACUCACAAAACACACUAAAUUAAAAUUUAAUUUCAUACAAUGGCUGAUUUCAUAUGAUGUUUUCUAUCCAUAAACCUUUUAUGCUGAACUGAGAUUUACUUGGUUAAAAUGCAUAUUUGUAUUUCACGAUUCAAAGAUAUAAAAGUAUCAGUUUCCCUUACAUAUAUUUAUUUUAAAAAGUACAUGCAUUUUUUGCAUUCUAGGGAAAAUUAUGUACAAUUUGCUUUAAUGAAAAACGCAAAUAGUUUUAUCCCAUUGCCUUUGUUUUGGUUUAUACUACAAAAGUACCCUGUAACAGUCUAAAUUAUACUUUUUCUUACAGAAACCAUUUGUUUUGCUUUCAUGUGUUAUACCCCUUGUGUGUUCUUUUGCUUAAAAGUACAUUAUCAGUUCAUUACAAUUUUUGCUGAUUGGGAAAUUACUUGCGUUCCUUUCAUAAUGCCUAAAGAGUCCUGUAAUUGGUCUAAAAUGCUGACAAACGAUCCCUUUUAAUCGAAAAAAUGCUCAUGAGGAAUUAAGAACAAAAGCAGCUGAAAUUUACCUCCCGGAAUCCUAAUUAAACUGCCGUAAUCUUGA